AAACUAAAAGAGGUUGGCGGAAUAGAAGAAAUUAAAAAAAUAUACAAGCAUUGCAGUGUUUUACUUGUAGUCGUGACAUACCAUCAUACUCAGCAAGUACUCUCUGGAAGUCGAAAACACAAUAGAACUAAAUAUUCCAUUGCUUACUUGGAACAAACAAGUUAAUACAAGUCCAAUGGGCUCGUCGUCAUCACGUAAUACAACGUCCAAUUUUCCAUCGCAUGAUGAUCCAGCGUACCGGAAGUGCCAGGAGCUGAAAAUGGAGCGAUGGAUACAAUUGCAUUACCAGAUAAAAGAGCGCGAAAUGGCUACCUAUAUCGCGGGCAAACGCGAACUUUUCUAUUGGCUUGGCGCUUUCUAUAUCACCUCCGGCAUUGGGUGUUGGCAAUACUACCAGUCGAUAAGACGGAAGGCGGCUUUGAUACCAAUGGUGCCCUUGACAUUUGUGAUGGCAUAUUAUGCUGACUUGGCGUACGGCAGCAAAGUGCAUCGCAUUCAAGCUGAAGCUAAUAUGAUAUUGGAGCAUGAGAAUGAGCUGUUACACUGGCCUGGAGGUUUGCCAACGGUAUCGUCGUUGGAUGAGGCACGUGUUGAAAACGAAAUCGAAAAGAAAUUACACCCACAUCCUUCAUAGGCGUAUCCUCUUUCAUUUUACUUGUACUUUCCAUGUUACUGAGAUUCUUUUACAUUGCUCAAGUAUUUCGCUUUUCUAUUAGCCACAUACAUGUUUAAAAUAAUUUACAAUUGCUCUUUGAAAGUUAAACAAAUAUUUACACUAUUGGAAGUUUGGGACAAUAUUUAAUUUAAUUAUAAGAUUAAAAUUUUCUAAAUGUACAUAUAUAUAACAUUUACUAAUUACAUUCAUAUGAACUUACACAUCCAUCUAUACGAUUAUUGGUGUUUUUCGCAUUAUAUAUUUUGAUUGUCCAGAAUCUCUUUUAAAAAUAAGGCAAGAAAUAUUAAAUAAAUGGAAAUCAAUUUAUAACGCACACACUAAUUAAAUUAAAAAAAAAACACGAUAAGAAUAAAAUAUUAUAUGAACUAUUGAUCUGAUUAUGUAAAAUCCAUAAAUGCAUAUAUAUUUAACAUAAGUAUGGUAAAACAUAUAUACAAGUAUAUGUACAUAUGCACUCUAAUAGAGCUCUAUUUUUGAGGGUUUUCAAUGUUAUCAUUCAACCUAAAUUCGUGUGAUUGAUUAUAGUACUUACUUACAAAUAUACUCUUAAUUAUAGUUAAUAAAUUAUAGUGUUGCGAACUAAUUAUAUACAAAUAAAGAAAUGAUUCCAGUAUAAGAAUUACAAUAA